AGUUCUUUCAGACGCCUACCGGUUUCGCCAGCGCGGCAGUGGCUGCUCUCUCGGCUCCAGACAGCGGGUCCGGUCAGGGCAGGCAGAGGCGGAGAAAGGGCGCGGAACUGGAGCGGGUGAGUCAGGCACUGUCUACGUGAUAAAGGGAGGCGGUGCCGCGGCGUAGGGCUGAAUUAAGUGAGUGCGGCCCGUGCCGCGGUCCGGUCCGCGACGCCGCUGCCUUAGCGUCAGCGAGGGAAGGGUGAGGAGCCAGAGCCGGGUCUCCGCCGCCGUUCUUGUCCUCAGCUCCCCGCCGCCAUCUCCACCAUGCAAUCUCGGGAAGACGCCCCGCGCACACGCCGCCUGGCUAGUCCCCGCGGCGUGAGGCGGCCCAAGAGGAUUUCUAAGCCCUCGGUUUCGGCCUUUUUCACGGGCCCAGAAGAAUUAAAGGACUCAGCUCAUUCUGCAGCUUUGCUGGCACAGCUCAAGUCCUUCUACGACGCGCGGCUGCUGUGUGAUGUGACCAUCGAGGUGGUGACGCCAGGCAGCGGGCCUGGCACAGGUCGCCUGUUUUCCUGCAAUCGCAACGUGCUGGCAGCCGCGUGUCCCUACUUCAAGAGCAUGUUCACGGGAGGCAUGUACGAGAGCCAGCAGGCAAGCGUGACCAUGCACGAUGUGGACGCCGAGUCCUUCGAGGUGUUGGUCGACUACUGCUACACAGGUCGUGUGUCCCUGAGUGAGGCCAACGUGCAGCGCCUGUACGCAGCCUCCGACAUGCUCCAGCUGGAGUAUGUGCGGGAAGCCUGUGCCUCGUUCUUAGCCCGCCGCCUUGACCUGGCCAACUGCACUGCCAUCCUCAAAUUUGCCGACGCCUUUGACCAUCAUAAGCUACGGUCUCAGGCUCAGUCCUUCAUUGCUCACAACUUCAAGCAGCUGAGUCGGAUGGGUUCGAUUCGGGAGGAGACUCUAGCAGAUCUGACCCUGGCCCAGCUGCUGGCCGUCCUGCGCCUGGAUAGUCUGGACAUAGAAAGUGAGCGGACUGUGUGUCACGUGGCCAUGCAGUGGCUGGAGGCUGCCCCCAAAGAGCGGGGUCCCAGUGCCGCAGACGUGUUCAAGUGUGUCCGCUGGGCUCACUUCACAGAAGAGGAUCAGGACUAUCUGCAAGGGCUGCUGACCAAGCCCAUCGUGAAGAAGUACUGCCUGGACAUUAUCCAAGGAGCCCUACAGAUGCGUUAUGGUGACAUGCUGUAUAAGUCUCUGGUGCCAAAGCCAAACAGCAGCAGCAGCAGCAGUAGCAGCAGCAGCAGCAGCAGCAGCAGCAGCUCUGUUGUAUCUGCAAUAGAAAAUCCACCCCAGAGGCUAGGUAUGUGUGCCAAGGAAAUGGUGAUCUUUUUUGGACAUCCCAGAGAUCCCUUUCUCUGCUAUGACCCAUACUCAGGGGACAUUUACACAAUGCCUUCACCUUUGACCAGCUUGGCUCACACUAAAACUAUCACCUCUUCAGCUGUCUGUGUCUCUCCAGACCAUGACAUAUAUCUAGCAGCUCAGCCCAGAAAAGACCUCUGGGUGUACAAACCAGCCCAGAAUAGUUGGCAACAGCUUGCAGACCGCUUGCUGUGUCGUGAGGGCAUGGAUGUGGCAUACCUCAAUGGCUACAUUUAUAUUUUGGGUGGGAGAGACCCUAUUACAGGUGUUAAAUUGAAGGAAGUGGAAUGCUAUAGUGUUCAGAGGAACCAGUGGGCACUGGUGGCUCCUGUACCCCAUUCCUUCUAUUCCUUUGAACUAAUAGUGGUUCAGAACUAUCUUUAUGCUGUCAACAGUAAGCGCAUGCUCUGCUAUGAUCCUAGCCACAAUAUGUGGCUGAACUGUGCUUCUCUUAAACGCAGUGACUUUCAGGAAGCAUGUGUCUUUAAUGAUGAGAUCUACUGCAUCUGUGACAUCCCAGUCAUGAAGGUCUACAACCCAGCAAGGGGAGAAUGGAGGCGGAUUAGUAAUAUUCCCUUGGACUCAGAGACUCACAACUAUCAGAUCGUCAAUCAUGACCAAAAGUUGCUCCUCAUCGCUUCUACAACUCCACAAUGGAAAAAGAACCGGGUGUCUGUGUAUGAGUAUGAUACUAGGGAAGACCAGUGGAUUAAUAUAGGUAUCAUGUUAGGCCUUUUACAGUUUGACUCUGGGUAUAUUUGCCUCUGUGCUCGUGUUUAUCCUUCCUGCCUUGAACCUGGUCAGAGUUUCAUCACUGAGGAAGAUGAUGCACGGAGUGAGUCUAGUACUGAAUGGGACUUAGAUGGAUUCAGUGAGCUGGACUCUGAGUCAGGAAGUUCGAGUUCUUUUUCUGAUGAUGAAGUCUGGGUGCAAGUAGCACCUCAGAGAAAUGCACAGAAUCAGCAGGGUUCUUUGUAAAUAGUAUUUUGAAACACUAAGAUGUCUCUACUGCUAUAGAAUGUAUCUUAAAAAGAUAUCCCUUUUUUCCCCUGGGGAAACAAAAAGUUGAUUAGGACCACAGAUUUGGUUUAGCAAGGGUAAUAUUUUGAAAUGAUAUGAAAUAUAAACACCCCAUGAAAUCAGCCUAUUUAGUAAUUUCCUGUGCUAAAAGUCCAGAAUUAAAGUAUGCAAAAAUGAACUAUAUUUGAUUAGGAUGCUUUGUUUUUUUUCCUUUGUUAAGAUACUCAUUGUGUGGGUGGGUUUUAUUUGGUGUUUAGAUUUUUGGUUUUAUAAUUUAGUAUUCUGUUAAUUUCUAAAUUUUGUUUAGUGCCACAGGAAUUUUCCUUUGUAAUUUGUAUGAUAGAAAACUGGACUAGGAAUUGUUGGUAGAGUUUUGAAGGUAUAUAUUUUCCUUCAGAUUAAUGAAAGUAGAUUUCCAAAGUUUUAAGCUAGUUAAGUUUUUAAAAUUCUAAGUUAAAUAUACUUUGUUAAAAUUUAGGAGAAAAAAGGAUAUUUAUAUAUUAAGGUUACUGAAUAGUGAUUUCAUUCUAAUAAUGUGUAGAAUGGCCUUACAAGUUAAUAG